ACGGCUUGACCCUCUUAGAGAGGAGAGAAGAAGAGGUGGGACAAUAAAUGCACAAACGAGAAUUUCUCGAAUUCUGAAUGACAAAUGGCAAGUCCUCGAUGGCAUCCGCAGUCUUGCCACAAAUCGUCGACAGCAUAAUGGUCAUGUCUCGCUUAAUUCCGCUGCACCGAGCGGCACGGCAGUUCUCCUGGAUUCUACUCGUACCCCAGUAGGCAGGUGUAGGUGUCUUCAAGUCUUGGUACACCUGGAGAGCUGCGUCCUGUGGGCGGCGCGAACUCCGUCAAUGAUGAGAUCGUUGUUAUCCCCGCCUCCUCCAGAUCGCCCGUCAGUGCGAGUCUUGAUGCACUACCCACCACUUCCACCCAAUCGACGCCGAUAUGCUUCUCCAUUACGUCCUCCACCGACAUAAUUUCCUCCAAGUUGUCCAGUCUGGAAGCAUCGGGCCAGCUCUUAUAAUCUUGUUCGCUUUUCUCGUCGUCCUCGCCUUCUACAUCUCCUUCUUCACCUCCCCAGGUCGACGCACACCGGCCGUUCCUCCAGAUCCUGAAAGACUCCCUAUUUUACCUUCCAGCGAAGAAGCAUCAUCGUCAAGAUGAAUCACGACGAGGGAGAACGGCCAGACGUUGGCACGCUCACUGGUGAAGAGGUGGCAAAGCACAAUUCUCGAGACUCCUGUUGGGUCAUCGUACAUGGAAAAGCCUAUGAUGUGACAGAGUUCUUGCCAGAGCACCCGGGAGGCCCCAAGAUUAUUCUCAAGUAUGCCGGAAAAGAUUCUACUGAAGAGUUCGACCCAAUCCACCCUCCAGACACCCUUGACAAGUACCUGCCGAAAGAGAAACACCUUGGACCGGUCAACAUGGAGACGGUGCAGAAAGAGGAGAAAGAGGAGAGCCCAGAAGAAAUAGAAAGACAAGAAAGGAUCAAGAACAUGCCGCCUCUCGAGGCAUGCUAUAAUCUUAUGGACUUUGAAAGUGUCGCCCGAUAUGUCAUGAAGAAGACGGCUUGGGCAUAUUACAGCUCUGGUGCGGAUGAUGAAAUUACCAUGAGAGAAAAUCAUUCUGCCUUCCAUAAGAUCUGGUUCCGGCCAAGGAUAUUGGUCGACGUUGAGAAGGUGGACAUCAGCACGACCAUGCUCGGGACCAAAUGCGACAUUCCCUUUUAUGUCACCGCCACUGCGCUGGGCAAACUGGGACAUGCUGAAGGCGAGGUGGUUCUGACGAGGGGCGCGAAGAAACAUAACGUCAUUCAGAUGAUCCCGACUCUGGCAUCGUGCAGUUUUGAUGAGAUUUGCGACGCUCGAGAAGGUGACCAAUGCCAAUGGUUGCAGCUCUAUGUCAACAAGGAUCGAAAAAUCACGAAAAAGAUUGUUGAGCAUGCAGAAUCACGGGGUUGCAAAGGUUUAUUUAUCACCGUCGACGCUCCCCAACUUGGCCGACGAGAAAAGGACAUGCGGAGCAAAUUCGACGACACCGGCUCCAAUGUCCAAAACACCAGUGGCGACAACGUUGACAGAUCUCAAGGUGCCGCCAGAGCCAUUUCGAGUUUCAUAGACCCCAGCCUUAGCUGGAAAGAUAUUCCAUGGUUCUUGAGCAUCACAAAGAUGCCCAUUAUACUGAAGGGCGUGCAGAGAGUCGAGGACGUUUUGAAGGCCAUUGAAGUUGGCGCACAUGGUGUGGUUCUGUCCAAUCACGGCGGUCGUCAACUGGACACCGCACCUUCAGGAAUUGAAGUGCUUGCUGAAGUCAUGCCUGUCCUACGAGAGCGUGGUCUCCAAGACAAGAUUGAGAUUUUCGUCGAUGGCGGUGUUCGACGAGCAACAGAUAUUAUCAAAGCUCUCUGCCUAGGAGCGAAAGGCGUGGGCAUCGGUCGACCUUUCCUUUUCGCCAUGUCUGCAUACGGUCUACCUGGGGUGGACCGGGCGAUGCAACUCCUUAAGGACGAGAUGGUAAUGAACAUGAGAUUGAUUGGUGCGGCGAAGGUGGAAGAUCUUACCCCGGACAUGGUGGACACUCGUGGGUUGGCAUCUCAUACAGUGCCUGUACCCAAGGAUAUACUUGGUCAGCGGUCCUACGAUCCUUUGAUCACCGCGCACCAGAUGAUCAAACCCAACCUGUGAGCAACUAUUCUUGGACCCCCUUACUUGGACUGGAAGUUUUGUAGGCAAGUUGGAGCACAGGAGAGCUGGGAUACAUACGGUAGUGUCGGAUACAUCUAUGAUACUCUCAAGUUCGCGCCAUUUGUGUACCCGUGUUGUCUUGUGUUGCCCUCCUUUGGAUCCGCACAUAAUGGACGCUG